UGCCGCUCGCCCCAAUUAUUUUCAUGGCUGUAAAUCUGCCAAUCCAACGAUAGUUUAGGGUUUCCAUGCCCUUCGAUUUUAUCAUUCCCAUCGUCGAACUUGAUGAUGAUCCUCGUCUCCGAGCUUCAUUUAUGGAGCUGAAGGUACGUUCGUCCUUUUGAUUGUUUCAUUUAUUGAGCUGGGUUUUGAGACGAUAGGACAACUUCUGGCCAAAUAGCAAAUUCCCUUCUUUUUAAUUCGUUCCGAGCUGGUUUCGAGCUUUCAAUUGUCCCCACCACGAUCGGUGCUUCGCGAGUUGGUGUGUGGGUUCAAUUCGCCUUCGUGCGGGAUUUUUGCUGCGAUCCGGUCUUUCGAAGCAGUUGUCGAUCUCUCGGAUUUUGCUAGAAUUUUGGCCAUGAGCUGGAAUGAUAGUUGUUUUUCUCGAUUUUGAUCUGUUUGGAAUUUCGGGAGUUGGAUUUGGAAAUUGGUGAGCUUCAGAAAUGGAUUCGCGCGAAGAGUGCUCGACCCUUGAAUCUCAGGAUGAUUGUGAAGUUUCCCCUGAAAGAGCGUCUCGUUCGGAUCCUAGAGACAUUAGGAAUAAUGGGUCCUGCGACAAUAUUGAUUUAGAUGAAUCGGGCAUGGGUGAGAAUUUUGAUGCCGGUGCGCUGGCUCCCGAUUCAAUUGAGAAAGGCAAACAAAUUGUGGAACCGAAUACUUCGCCACCGUCAACAGCUCAGUCUCCUAGUGGAGUGACUCCCCCGACGAAGAAAGGUUAUGGAUUGAAGAAAUGGAGAAGAAUCAGGAGAGACUUCGUCAAGGAUGGGAGUGCUCAUUCAGACUCUAGUAAGAUUUUGAAGCGAGGUUUGAAUGGUUUAGGAAACCAAAACAAUUCUUCACGUUUUUCUGUUGAACGGAUUUCUGUCGGGGUUAUGAAAGAUAGUGAGGGUUCGGUUGGAUCGACAAGUAUGACAAGAAACCUGGGUCAUGCUGAUGGCCCUGCAAUGCAUGCUUCUACUUUGGAAUCCAAUUUUGCAGCUACACCUGCUUUUACGGCUGGUGCUGAUUCUGACAACAGUGAGGAUCGGAGUAGCAAAUCAUCUACAGCUGCUAGUGCUCCAAAGGCUAAACAUGACUUCAGUUCGGCCUUUGGGUAUGUCCGUGAAAGGAACAGAAUGAAGAAUUUGAGUGGGAAGAGUCAAGGUGGUUCAUCUCAACAUGCUCAACAGAAUAAGGGUCGAAUUGAAAUCAGUAAGAAGCCUAGAGGAGAAAGGGUCAAAAUCCAGAAGGAAAACUCUCAUUCCAGCGUGGAAUCUGACUUAAGAAGCUCAAGCUCUGUUUUUAUGCAGGGUGCUAAUGCCAGUAAUGGUAAGAAGAGCGGAGCGGCAAUGAACUAUUACUCAGCAAAUAGUGAUGAAGCAGGUGAUCACUUCAGUGAGGAAGUUCAGACUGGUUACCCCACUGAAAAUGUUGGGGAAGCUGAGGAUUUCUCGCAAGAUGAUUCGGCUGUGGACUUGUCUUGGGAGGCUGGGGAGGAGAAACGUGAGAGCAAUCGGUCCUCUGCAGAUUGUAAUACUUUAAUUGAGUCUAUCAAUGCUCUACAAUCUCUACAGGAAGCACUUGAACAAGAAGUUCAGAAGUUCUCAGAGAUAGGUAGGGACCCUAUUUUAGCAAGCAAUGGCUCCUCUAAUGGUGGCACUGUCCUUCAAGAGCAGCCCGACCCGAAGCAGAUUAAUCAGCAUGCUUCAGGUUCAUUGGAAAUCCAGAUACUGAGCUUGACAGAGAAUGUGAAACUCUUAGAGGCCAAAGUGGAGGAAACCAGGGCUGAGCUCAAGGUGAAGGAAUCUAGGGUUUCUGAGCUAGAAGAUUCUCUAAAUAGUCGCAAGUCAGUGAAGGAAGAACCAGAAAGCACCUUGGAGUUGCAGCGAGAAGAAUGCAGGGAGAUGGAGACGGACCUCGAGGGUCUCUUCAAGCAAAAGAUCGAAGCAGAGGUGGAGUACCUGGUGAUAGCUAGGACAAUACAGAAGCUGAAGGUCGAUGCACAGAGUCAACUAAUGCUCUUAAACGAGGGAGAUGAUCAGCACGCAAGUGAAAGUGAAGCAGAAAGCAAAGCUGCUGCGCUAAAGAAGCAAGCGGAGGAUCUAGUGAAAGCGUGUGAAGACAUCGAAGUUGUUGGAGAAGUUUGGAAGUUGCAGAGAGGAGCGUGCAAGGUAUCCUCUUGUUUUGUUAUACAAUUAGUUUUGUUUUUGCUGGUCUUUUGGUGGUUCAUCAUGCAGAUCUCGCCCCAAGCCGGGGAGGUUGUUCCAACUUGAACCUAAAGUUAACAAGUCCUUGUGUAUCUUAAGCAUUCAUAUGGAAGUUCCGUAACUCCAAAUUUUGUUUUUUUUUUGGUGUUUAGCUUAUUGAGUUUUUCUCUUCCUUUCCCGCGCAAGUUGCUUUCUUUUGUUUUUCUGCUUUUAGUUUCUUUUUCCUUAUUUCUGUAAUUCACCCAGUUGGGCAUUUUCGCAGUGUUAUGGGAGGGUUUAGGAGGUUGGUAAGGUGCUCCUGAACUUAUGGUUGAUGUCAGUUUAUGUACAUUACGAUUUCUGAUCAAUUUCAAGUUUUUUUA